AAACUAUUCAGCUCUUGUUUGUCCCAGGGUACACAUUUUCUGGACUAAGUUGCAGAAUUAUAUUUAAAAAAAAGAGACCAAUCUCGAUGUUUGCUGUGAUGAAAAAGAUAUUCAGAUUCGGCCCCAUCGGAAACAAUCUUAAAAUUGCGUUUGUAAUCCAUUUAAUUAUUAGAACGCCACGUUAAUAUAUCCAUACAAUGAAGUGGUCUGGGAAGAACCCUGUGUUUGGGCGUUUUACAAUGGAAGUGAGAGGGUAUUUGCAGACUAUUUUGAAGUGCAAAAAUCUGAAAGCGGUGCGGACGUUUUUUUCAAUUUGUUGAAUCUCUUUUCAUAACUUGAAUUUAUAGGGUAAUAUGUACCCUCCCCCCUGACGAUCUUUGUGUCUUGAAUCGUUCUAUGUACUCUUGUUUGAACUGUGCUUGUUAAGCAAUCAAGUUUGCCUAUUAAGUGCGUGGGGUGGGGCGAGAGGGUUCCUGGAUUCGUGGAUACAAGAUAAAUGAGACAGGCGAAGGUGCUGGCUAGGACACUGAGCCAAUUUGGGCGUUAAUAACCGGGAAAGACGUUCCCUGUGUCCGUACAAGCAGGAUUGAGGGUCUGAAAUUGAAGCCUAGCUAGGGGAAACGUUAUACGCGCUCGGGCAUUAAACUUUUAACAACAGGAAAGGAAGCUAUAGGAUUUCAGGCCAGCAGCGCAGAGGUUAUCGGGGGGUUUGGCGUCGGAGAAGACGCAAUGCAAUUUCAGCGCCCGGUUGGACUAAUGUAGCGCCGUCCCGAGCCCCCGGUCUUUCGGAAUGGCGGCCGGCUGGGAGUCGGUCCGGAGGUCGUGCCGGGAGCGGGCGUUCGGGCUGCUGGCGCUGGGCUACGUGCUGUACGUCCUGCUGGGCGGGGCCGUGUUCGCGGCUCUGGAGCAGGCCGGCGAGGUGGCCCUGCGCCGGGAACUGCGGGAGGUGCGGGCCGCCUUCCUAGACGAUCACCGCUGCCUGCGGGAGGCCCCGCUGGAUGCCCUGCUGGAGGAGGUCGUCUCGGCCGGCCAGCACGGCGUGUCGGCGCUGGACGACAGAAGCGAGGAGUGCAACUCCGACUUCACCUCGUCCCUCUUCUUCGUGACCGCGUUUCUCACGACGACGGGCUACGGCAGCACGGUGCCCCUGUCGGACCAGGGCAAGCUCUUCUGCGUUCUCUUCUGCUGCCUGGGCAUCCCUCUCAACCUGCUGCUCCUCUCCUGCCUCACCCAGCGCCUGCUGCCCUGGGUGACGCGCCGCCCGCUGCGCGCCGCCCGCGAUCAUGUGUACGAUACAGCAACAGCAGAAGCAGAGUAUGUCGCCCUCGAGAGAAUUAGAAAGCAGCGAUACCUGCCUGGUUUGCACCUGGUGGCGCAGCCCGGUCAGGACUGGGAGGGGAGACCUCCGGGGAAAGACAGGCUGCGGAUGUCAGGGGUGAUGGUGGACCAACAGGGGGCGCCCUUCUCUCUGGGCCCGAAUUUCCAAUGA